AUGGAGGAGGAGGAGGAGGAAGCUUCGGCGGAGCUGAUCAGCCCCAGGAUCUCCUUCUCGCACGACCUCGCGGCCUUCGCGGCGUGUCCGACGACUACGCAGCCCGAGCCAAGGCGGUCGGACGCGUCCCUCAUGUCGCGGCGGAGGCGGCGGCGCGUGGCCGAGCCGGAGUUCGACUUCGCCAACGCGGCGGCGGCCGACGUCGCGCCGGCCGACCGCCUCUUCGCCGACGGCAAGCUGCUCCCCGUGCCGCCGCUGCCGCCCACCGCCCCGCACGCGCGCUGCGCCAAGGCGACGAGGCCGGCGCCGCGGUCGUGGGCGUCCCCGUUCGCGCGCAGCAGCAGCGUCAACUCCGCCAGGGCGGCGUCGGCGGCGUCAGGGAGGUUCACCUGCCCCGCGUUCCCGCUCAUGCGGAGCCGGUCCACCGGCUCUGCGGCGGCCACGGCCACGGUGGGCGCCCACCAGCGGCAGCAUUGCAAGAAAGUCGCUCCGACAACCGCAUCCGGUGGCGUUCACAACGGGAACAGCGGUGCUGGUGCGAGAUCGGUUUACUACUACGGAUACGGCGGCGGCAGGAACGGCAGCGACGGCCAUGGUGGCGGCGGGGUCCGGAUGAGCCCGGUGCUGAACGUGACGUCCAUCGGCACGAGCGUGGUGAACAUGCUGAGCCACCUGCUGUGCGACUGCGGCGAGAAGGCCGGCAAGCAGCAGAGCAGGGCCUUGGGAGUGCGCUGCUGGGUAACCAGGUAG